AUUCGACUGAAGCAGAAUUAGAAAUUAAGAAUCUCAAAUCUGAGAAAACAGUUGGUGUUGGAGUUGAUUCAAGACAAGCAGGUGGUAUAGAUACAUCGAUUGAAUCCAAGAAUUUAAGCUACACUCCGAAAUUCGGAACUGAAGCAGAAUUAGAAAUUAAGAAUCUCAAAUCUGAGAAAACAGUUGGUGUUGGAGUUGAUUCAAGACAAGCAGGUGGUAUAGAUACAUCGAUUGAAUCCAAGAAUUUAAGCUACACUCCGAAAUUCGGAACUGAAGCAGAAUUAGAAAUUAAGAAUCUCAAAUCUGAGAAACCAGUUGGUGUUGGAGUUGAUUCAAGACAAGCAGGUGGUAUAGAUACAUCGAUUGAAUCCAAGAAUUUAAGCUACACUCCGAAAUUCGGAACUGAAGCAGAAUUAGAAAUUAAGAAUCUCAAAUCUGAGAAACCAGUUGGUGUUGGAGUUGAUUCAAGACAAGCAGGUGGUAUAGACGCAUCAAUUGAAACCAAGAAUUUAAGCUACACUCCGAAAUUCGGAACUGAAGCAGAAUUAGAAAUGAAAGCUAGAGGUUUUGGUGCUGAUUUGAAAACAAAAGUAUAUGAAUCAAAUUUUGAUUCUUGUAAGGAGAUUCCUAAAUGGAAUUUCGGAGAAGAGAAUAAAAUUGAAACCUCAGUUACUCAGGGUCAAACAUUUGAUCACAAAGGCCAACCAAUGGUAGAUCAGAAAUUUAAUCUGACUUCAACCAAUAUCUCUCAAUCAAUUGCAAAAGCUAUUUUGCUAAGGCGGAAAUUUCAAUUUGAUAAUUUCGAUCUUGAAAAACUUGUUCAAGCAAAGGGCGUUGAAAUUUCAGAAGAAAUUUUUGAAGAUGUCUAUUACGACACUAAAUUUUAUGAUUUAAUUCUCUCUGAUAGCUGGCUGCGUAUGAGAAAUGGUAAAUGGGAAUUGAAAUUGCCAGAAACUGACGAUAAAGCAAAGCUUUAUACAUGCAAUUACAUGCAAGUGGAGAAAGAAAAUGAAAUCCAAAAGGCUUUGAAAAAGUGGCCUCAUUUGGGAACAGCUACAAAGGAAAACAAAACAUUUUUGGAAGAGUUUCAAUUGAAGCCAUUUGCAGAAUUCUCAUCAGUAAGAAAAACCUACCAGCUGCCAAUGGAUUACAUGGUUGUUGUGGAAUUUAGUCGUUUUGGAUUUAAUGUCGCUGUCAUUGAAAAGAAGAUAGAAUAUGAAGGAGACAUCUGUGAAGCCACAAAGAACAUCAAUAAUUUGGCAAACCAAUUUGGAUUUCAGAAAUUGUCUCUUUUGGAUCUUGUUGAACAAGCUGAAGCUUACUGAAUAUUGGUGUUCCUGGUUUUCAGUGAUUUCAAAUAGGCGUCGAUGCAAGACCAAACUGUCUACCAUAGUGAAAUCUACAAAAAUUUAUAAAUGAAUGAAAUAAAUAUAAAAA